ACAAUUGGUGAUAUUCAUCCUAUUCUGUGUGACGUACGUCAACGCGGACUUCUUCAGCGAGAAGAAAGAAAUGGUUUAUGAUUUACUGGAGGCAGCCGUGGCAUCGACAGACGACAAUAAUUUGUACAUCGACGACGGUCUCGAUGGAUUUCCGGCUUUUGGUUUCCGACCUGGCUCUGAAGUUAAACAACCCUAUCGAUUAUAUCUUCCUGAAAAACUGCCCGCCGAGUUCACUUUGGUCGCAACAUUCAAACCGACAUCUUUCAGGACCAGUUAUCUCUUUGCGGUUCUUAACCCUUUCGAAACGGUGGUGCAAUUCGGAAUCCGAAUUUCGGAUGGUCCAGGAACCAAUCAAAACGUGUCUCUGAUCUACACAAAUUCCGACCAGCACUCUCAUUCAGAGGAGGUAGCAAAAUUCACGGUGCCAAAAUUGACGAAAAAAUGGUCGAAAAUCGUAAUCAGAGUGUCGACAACCGACGUCACCUUGUACCUGAACUGCCACGAGAUGGCGAAACAAAGAGUGACCAGAAUCCCCAUGGAAUUAGUGUUUGACACCGCCAGUACUCUAUACAUCGCGCAGGCUGGUCCACAUAUUCAAGAGAGAUACGACGGUCUACUGCAAUCAUUGAGGCUGUAUUCUGGACAUCCAGCUGAUUUGGUAAAAUGCACGGCCGACUUCAACGUAACUGAACUUACUGUAAAGAAGAAUUUGAUUGAUGCUGUGAUCAUCCUCCUUUCUCUAUGCAGUUUCCGUCAAGUAUGA